GGGCAAAUUUUGACGUCAACCGCCAAUUUCACAACAAUCGACCAAAAGUUUCCGAAAAAAUCGAAUUUUAGUGCAUUUAAAGCCCUCUUGACUUCCCGAAAAUACUAUAAAACCAUCCAACAAUGUCUAGUACUUCGCAAAAGCAUCGUAAUUUCGUGGCCGAGCCCAUGGGUGAGAAACCAGUCACAGAUUUAGCUGGCGUUGGUGACGUUCUCGGCAAAAGACUCGAAGCGGCCGGUUUCGAUAAGGCAUACACAGUUCUCGGUCAGUAUUUGGUGCUGAAAAAAGAUGCCGAGCUGUUCAAAGAGUGGAUGAAGGACGUGUGUAACGCCAAUUCCAAACAAGCUGCUGACUGUUACCAAUGUUUGAAUGACUGGUGUGAAGAGUUCUUGUAAAAAGUUCUUUCAGUGUUUCGUUUUUACAUAUAAAAAAUACUCCCUUUUUCUGUAUAUUGGACAGCUUUUAAUGUUUAUGUCAAUCAAAACAUAUUUAACGCUAAGUAACACACAAAUUCAUAUAUAAAAAAAUAAAAGAUGACUAAUUUCAUAUAAAAAUGCAA